CCAAGCUGGGUCAGAUCAGGAGAGCAGGUGAGAAUAUCCGUUAGCCAAGCUGAGGUCAGAUCAGGAGAGCAGGUGAAAACAUCCAUUAGACAAGCCGGGGUCAGAUCAGGAGAGCAGGUGAGAAUAUCCGUUAGCCAAGCCGAGGUCAGAUCAGGAGAGCAGGUGAGAAUAUCCGUUAGCCAAGCUGAGGUCAGAUCAGGAGAGCAGGUGAGAACAUCCGUU